CAGGCGUAAUCAGGCAGGCCAGGUCAGCAACGUGCGGGCAGUGAGGUACCGGAGGAGAAGGCAGAGAAUAGUAAGGGUCACAAGCCAGGGGUUAAACCAGAGACAGUCAGCAGAGGUCAGGAUCAAAGCAGGGUCAGCAACUAGGCAGGAACACAGGAUACCAGGUACAGGAGCUCAUGGGAAACAUACACCAAGGCCCUGAUCACAGGCCUGGUCAUUCCUUAAAUACACCUCCUGCAAUCAGCCCCAGGUGUUGGCUGACUGCAGGAGUGAGCUUCUGGCUGCAGAGAGCACCCGCUGGUCAGCCCUGGUACUGCAGCCCACACGACAGGUGAGUCCCACCACCAGUGCUGAGUCUAUUCCUGACACU